AUGUCACGGAAAUAGUCAGUUAAAACUCAUCAGACCGACAGCUUUCUUUUGUUUUAGCAUUCCAUAGUAGAUAGUUUCAGUUUGAAAACAAUUUAAAAAACCGGGAGAAGCGCUAAAAACAUAGUAGUAACAAUUGUUGAACUCAAACUAUUGAGUGUACAGUCUUUCAAAUUGUUCAACCUACAGAAUACUUGAAACAUAGGACUAUACAGUUGGCCUAAGUACUAGCAGCCUGUGAAUUUAACUCUUUCUCUCCGUAAUUAUUUUCCACGUUCCGAUGGAAUUAUUCAUUUUGCUCAUUUGUGUUUCACUACCCUGUUAAUAACUUUUUGCAUUUCAAGUGGACAUUAGCAUUUCAAGUGGACUCUAAAUGGGUGGCAAAUACUUUGAACUCCUAUCAGAGAGUAGUGUAAAGUAAACAUACGAAGACCACUACAAUCGUGUGUAGUAUAAAGCUCUGUAUCAAGUCUCUCAAAGUUUGUUCUGCCUCUUCCACUUAGACGUUGACUUCAUAUAAAGUCACGUGACACUUAUAGAUCUAAAUUGACUACUCAUAAACAGGAGUUAAGGGUUUAAAGGUCAAGAGCCAUGGGUAAACUUCAUGUCUUGUGUCCAGGACACUGCUAUCUUAAAAGACGUCAGUGACUACAAGUAUGGAGGUCUUCUACUCUUUCGCUUUCAGCUUAGCGUUCGUAGCCAUGGUAACCACAGCUUUAGUGGCCUGCGCGAUGCGGCGAAAGCCAAAGGUCCAAAGACAACCCAACAUAACCCCCUAUGGUUAUGACGUCAUAAACAGAGUCUCCACAACUGAGGGCGGUCUCUACCUUCAUCCUUCCAUAGAUGGAGGCAAUGAUUAUGUCAAUGAUUCUGUCACGAGCAAUAACGUCACUCCCUCCACUGACCAAAGUCAACGACAAAGAGUCUCGAAUGUUGAUAUAGCUGACGACGGAUACGACCUGCCCCUAUUUGUCAAAAGUGCAAAAACGCUGCCAACUCCAAAACGAGCAAAAUAUCAUCCCCAACGCUCGAAAGACAAAUGCAAUGUUUUGAUUAUGACUUAUGGCUCAGAAACGCGAAUUUCGUUAGACGGAAAAGAGGUGAAAUCAGCCACUCUUACCAGGGAACACUGUGGUGUUACAUCUGCUAAUAAAUCAUCUUCUUUAGGGAAACUAAAUGAACCUACACCGCAUCGCCACGUGGCCAAACCAAUCUUGCCUAUUCAUAGUAUUAGUUCUGAAACAAGAUUACCUACAAAUGGAAGUGAGGCGAUACAAGCUGAAAACAACGAGACGCAUUUCAAACUGAACAAUAAGCCCUUAGUAGGCCUAGCUCUUUCUAAACACAAUUUACUAGACAUACAGUUGAACAGAACACUGUUAACAAACCCAAACAUACUUUUUGUAAACAAUGAACAACUCAACAAGAAUGAGAUUUCACCGAAGGAACUCUCUGAAGAAGAUUUGACAAAAGAAGAUAAAGAAGCCAAUAAGGCUUCCAUUCAAUCUGAUUCAAGUCCAGAGAAUAAUGUUUUAUUCCGAGUUGGACUUUAACUGAUGAGACGUGGUCAACAACUUGCUAGCUGAACUGAAUAUCAACGAGGUUAGAGAGUACAUGGACUACAAACAGACUUCCUUCCUAGUAAAACAAAAAUAACGACAUGAGUACAGUAAAGUUUAAAAGCUUUCAUUUUCAAGAAUAAACUUUAGCAAACUUCAUAAAAAGGUUAUAAUACAACUAUUUGUAUUUGUAUUAAAGCCAAAGUUGAAUCUCAGAUUGCCAGAUGUAUUUGUGAAUGUAUGUGUGUUUGAAAAGUUGAACAUUAUGAAAAAAAAAACAAUUAUCGAGAAAAAACUUGUUUUGCAAUAUAAUAAAACGGUAGAUUUUCUUUUCUUAUCUUGUAAAUGACAAAACUUACUUUAAAACAAGAACAGUGUACAUUCCCAUGUCGUAUCGCUGUGUUCACAAAGAAUACAAAGACUUCCACUACAUUGCCUCAGUAAUAUAGAGUCUAUUUAAAUCAGUUCACUUAAUGUCUAACUAAGUCAAUUAUUCUUUGCAUUUUUUAAAUAAGUUAAUCGACUGAAACCAAAACAAUGUAAACAAUUAAUACGUACAAUUAAAAAGUUGUUAUAUUUUAACCGAUUCCUCCAUCAGAAAGAUUAGAACCCUAAUAGAAUAGAAAGUAACGUUGGAGUCAAAGAGCCACUGACAGCGUGUUCAUAAUAAAGGUCAAAUCAGAGUUUUAACUGUGUGGCCAAUAAGCCAGUAUUUUUCCCACUUAUAAAAAUAAACUAUCAAAUUAUUAAGAAAAUAUUUAGAGCCCUGCUUUUUUUUUGUGUCCAAGUUCCACACAGUUUUCAACCCUUUAAGAGUUUACUAGCUAAUUCUGGCAGUUAAAAAAAAUAAUAUUUUUCUGUAAUUUUCUUUAAUUUUUUUUAACUGGCUUAUUUGAUAUUAAUAUAUAUUUUGUGAAUGCAAAUUUAGCUUUAUAAUAAAAUUGUGAAUUAGUCUA